AUGUCUGCCGCAAAAACCAAAGCUCAAGGUAUCAUUGAUGAAAAUGCAGUUGCUGUCUUCUCCAAAUCAUGGUGUCCCUACUGCAAAGCCUCGAAGACGCUCCUGAGUGAGUUGGGUGCCAAGUUCUACACAAUUGAGCUGGAUCAAGUCGGUAAGCAUCACCAGCAUAAGUCUCAUCAAAGUCGGGGCAAGCUAACAAGAUCUUCAGAUGAUGGAUCCGAUAUUCAGAAAGCUCUUGCAGAAAUCACCCAACAGACUUCUGUCCCCAACAUCUUCAUCGGCAAGAAACACAUUGGUGGCAACUCUGAUCUACAAGCCUCCAAGGGGCAUUUGCCCGACUUGCUGAAAGAUGCUGGUGCGCUAUGA